AUGGAGAAAAGGAACUUCACAAGAAUUACAGAAUUUCUUCUCUUAGAAUUUUCUGUGGAACCUAACUUGCAACCAUUCUUAUUUGGAUUGUUCCUAUCCACCUACCUUGUCACUGUGCUUGGAAACCUGCUCAUCAUCCUGGCUGUCAGCUCAGACUCCCACCUCCAUACCCCCAUGUAUUUCUUCCUCUCCAAUCUGUCCUUUGUGGACAUCUGCUUCAUCUCCAACAUUGUCCCCAAGAUGCUGGUGAACAUCCAGACAAACAGCAAAGUCAUCACCUAUGAAGGCUGCCUCACCCAGAUGUCUUUUUUCUUGUUAUUUGGAGAAUUGGACAGCUUCCUAUUAACUGUGAUGGCCUAUGACCGCUAUGUGGCCAUCUGUCACCCCCUGCACUAUAUGGUCAUCAUGAACCCCCAGCUCUGUGUUCUGCUGCUUCUUGUGUGCUGGGUCACAAGUUCCUUACAUACUUUGUUGGAAAGCUUAAUGGCUUUGCAGUUGUCCUUCUGUACAGAUGUUGAAAUUCCUCACUUUUUCUGUGAUCUCAAAGAAUUGGUGCAACUUGCCUGCUCUGACACCUUUAUUAAUGAUUUGGUCAUAUACUUGGUAUCUGUGCCGCUGGCUGGUGGUUCAUUGGCUGGCAUCUUUUACUCUUACUCUAAAAUAGUUUCCUCCAUUCGUAGAAUCUCAUCAGCUCAGGGCAAGUCAAAAGCCUUUUCCACUUGUGCAUCUCACCUCUCUGUGGUCUCUUUAUUUUAUUGCACAGCCAUAGGUGUUUACCUGAGCUCUGCUGGUCCUCACAGCUCCCACUCCAAUGCAAUUGCCUCAUUGAUGUACAUGGUUGUCACUCCCAUGCUGAACCCCUUCAUCUAUAGCCUCAGGAAUAAAGAUCUGAAGGGAGCUCUGAAAAUUCUGUUUGGGACAGUAACCAAAAAAGACACAUUAUCUCAAGAAUGA